GAAUAAAGGUGAUCUCAACAAGUCAUAUCUGGGAAAGAACCAGUGGACACGCGCGAAAAGUGAACCAUUGUUUGAUGCUCGAUUACACCCACGUGCUGGAUUUGGAUAAAACCUCAGCUUCGAACAUGUUGAUGCGACAUUUGAAUUUGCCACUGACUAUGGACACAAACUCCAGCGACGAGCGAAAUUUUCUCUCUGGAGCCGCGAAAAUGCCAGUCCCUUAUCAUCUAGAUGAAUCCGACAGCGAUUCCAUCGUUUCGAGCGAAGAUGCUGCAAGCUACACCGAACUUGUUCCUUUGACAAGUGGCGCUAAAGAAGAAGUCAAAAUGGGUCUUCGAAACGCGAUACAAACAAGAAGAGUCGCACAGGGAUUAGAUGGAAUGCCUCAUCUCGAACCAAAAAGACCCAAGGUUGAAGUGCUCUCCUUCGAGGAAGAAGAGAAAAGAAGGAUACGAAGAGAGCGAAACAAGAUCGCAGCUUUCAAAUGUAGACAGCGGAGGAAAGAACACAUGCAGAAACUUCAAGACGAAAGUGAUGACUUGAACUCUGAAAACAGUUCUCUAGAAAGAGAAUUAGAGGCCCUCAAAGCACAAAAAGAACAGUUGGAAAGAAUGUUCCGAAGCCAUGUGUGUGUCUUAAAGGACACGAAAUCAAACGAAAACAAAACAACAGCGGCGGAACACUCGUGCGAAGCCAAAUCACCACAGCCGUGUUCAUCGGAGGUAGUAAAGUCCAACGAGCCCUCGAGUCCAACAAGCCCUGUUGGAGAUUCUGUGAAAGCUUGAUUUGUUAAGUUACUCAUUAGCGUAUAGCUGACUCGGUGUGGAAUCAUAGCCCCGUGCGACCUUCGUUCAAGCUCCAUUUCCGAGAGAUGUUCCAACCAUGUGGUUGACACACUAGGACGGAGACACUCGCCAAAGUUUCGUUGGUUCACCCAAGCACUGAGCCAAGAAUAUAAAUCUAUUCCCACUCCUAUAACUGCUUAUCGAGCACAGAAAGGGAUAGAUAUAAUGAAUAAUUAUUUGGUAUUUAGACGAGUUUGUUUAAACGGUUUAAAGUACUGCAUAGCUAAGUUUCAAUUUUCACUUGCAGUAAAUCGCUACAGAACUGUCAAACGUUCCUCGUAAAUUUACAUUCAGGCAGAUUGAUAGUCGAGCGAUAAAAGAUUUGAGCAGGAAACGAGUGUUGUGGUUAUUUUAACGUAAUUCUUUUUUUCUCAACUAGAUUAGAAGUUUCGGAUUAAAUUUAUUAACCUAUUUAUACAUAAGAGGAGAACAGUUAAUAUAUGGUAGUUUUUGGGACAUUUUUGAAAAUUCUAGUUUAGUUUGUGGCGACACUUUUUAGCUAAGUUAUUCCGGAAAGUUUUUUUUUUGCUCUUUAUGACGGAGAAAAAGUUCUUUCGGGCUGUGAUAUACAUUUAGCAGUUUUUUCGUUUCGCUGUUGUUCGUUGGCUACUAACCGGUGAAAAACAGAAAGAUCGAAAAACAAGGCGAUUGAAACUAGUUAGAGAGUUUCCAAUUAGAGGAAAAUAUUGUUCGUUUGGUUAAACAUGUCUAGAGGAAGAUGAAGUCAGUCAAAGAAGAGAAGACAUUCUCCGCGAGUGUAAGCCUUUCGGUGUAUUUGACACGACCACAUUUUCUGGUAAUAAGGUAUAUUAAAAAUAUACAAGUAUUUAUUUGGUAAUUUCACUGAAGAGAACCUUGCAGGACUGAGCUUUGUUGGCUUGUAAAACAGGAGAAAUGUAGAAACCAUUAACUAAUCAGAGUGUACAUAGAUACAUUGCCAUAUCACGCAUGGUGAAAGUACGUCCGUUCAAGCACCGGAAAUUGUAGUAAGUUAUUGAUAGUUAAAGUUUGUGGAAGUUUCUUUCAGACUGUCCGUUUGAGUUGUACGACUUUUGUAAUAUAGCCAGACAUAGAAAAUGUUAAUGUUUUGAGCGUUACAGCGUGGAUGAUAAUAAAAAAGAAAUUCAGUGAUUUUAAAAAUUGUUUUGUCUUAGUAUUUGGAAAAUUUUAAAACCACAAUUGGACGUGACUCGUAGCCAGGAAGAUGACAUUCUUUCACUGUGACGUAGUUGGUUUUAAAAUUCUUUUUUUUUUUUCUGCAGUUACAACACUGUUGCAUUUAGUAAGCACAUCCUCAGUAAUAAUUAUUUGUUACCAGGAAACGCCAUUCAUCAAGACUGAAUGGCUGCCAUAAUCCGAGUAAUUCCUGGCAAGAUGACGCAUAAACGAGAAAAAGGAAUUCCAACUAAUAUAUUGAUCGAUGAGAUAAUAAUUUUAAAAUAGGCGCACGGAUAUUUCAGAAGGUUUAUCAGGAUUGUCUGAGAAAACAAUAGAACUAUCUCUUAAAACAAUAAGAGGGGCGUGAAACAGGGUACGACUGGUAUUACAGAUUCUGAAGAGCUGCGCGUCUUCUGAUAAUUAAAGCCAAAAA